AUGGGUCCUCAGAUGAAGAUGUUCACAGGGCCUCUGUCGGCCUGCACCCGGCCAACAUGCCUGUCCGGGUCGCUAGCUACUUUCUCUCUUGCACGAUGCUUCUCUACCACAUCACCCGCCCUGGACUGGCUUACUCCAAAGUUUGCCGAGAAAUCCAAGUCCCCUAAGGGUCGCCCACACGUCGCUACUGGAGGAUCAACUCGCGGAACAACAGUGGUGUGGGGAGACUUUGGUCUUCGCAUGAAGGAUCACGACCGUCGGAUGCCGGCUUCAGCCCUCAAGAUCGCAGAAGAAACGAUCAAGAGGCGGCUACGUGGCAUGAACUACAAGUUGUACAAGCGUGUCAGCGCCAACAUUGGUGUCUACACCAAGGGUAACGAGCAGCGUAUGGGUAAGGGUAAAGGUAAAUUCGACUACUGGACGGUCCGGUUGCCCGUUAGCCGAGUUGUCUUUGAGUUGAAGGGAGAUUUGCACGAAAAGGUUGCCCGGGAGGCAUUCAGAUUGGCUGGCCACAAGUUGCCGGGUCUCUGGGAAUUCGUCAAGAAGGAUGACCCGCCCGUUGUCGGAAUCACCAAACUCGGCAAUGGUGUCACCCUCGAAUCCCUCAAGCGCGCUCGCAGAAACCCUCCCCUGCCAACCAACGCCCUCGAGAACCCGCCCAAGACCACUUCCUCCAGCCCUACCUCCCCUCAAUAA